AUGAUGCUGCUCACCCUUGCAGGCUUUCUUCUGCUACCUGCCGUCAACACUCGGUUUAGAAGAUGUUUUGCCAAUGAACAAUUCAACGUCUGCGCCUCUCAUUGUGAGGCAACAUGUAGAGAUCCUAGUCCGGAAAUUUGUUUGGAGGAGUGUAUACCUAGGUGUGAGUGCAAGCCAGGUUUCCUAAGAAAUGAAUAUGGCGCUUGCGUGGAUGACUGCGACAGCCUUCAGACAUUAAGACCUACGUGUAAUGCCAAUGAAGAGUUCAGAGAAUGUGGUACAGCUUGUGAGCCAACGUGCUGGAACCCCGCACCAAAAAACUGCUCAAAGAAAUGUGUACUUGGUUGCCAAUGCAAAGAAGGAUAUUUCAGAAACGGAGAUGAGUGCGCUGCCGAAUGCGAAGAUGAUGACAAUGUCGCACCAGGAGAUGUUCUUUGCCCAGAAAAUGAAGAACUCGUGGAAUGCGGCGGCUCCUGUGAGCCGACUUGUGAAAGUCGCGAUUCAGUAAAUCCGGAUUGCAUAUAUGACUGUAUAGGGGUUAUUUGUCGGUGCCGUGAAGGCUUCGUUCGUAAUUCGGAGGAUAAAUGUAUUCUGCCAAAGGAAUGUCUUUAUAGUGAAAAAGAAUUUCCCUUUGAUUCUCUGGAUGCAGGGAUUGCGCCCGCGGACAGCUGUGAUGACUUAAAAUGUCCAGAAGGAACUGCCUGUUCCAUAGAAGACAGAUGCUCGGAGCCGCCAUGUCCACCGCCCGUAGCUGUGUGCAGUCCAUCCUCUCAGAGCUCAUCGGAGACAUGUGCACCAAACGAGUUGCUGAAAGAAUGCUUCGGAUGCGAACCAACGUGUGAUCAUAUGAAUCCAAAUUGUGAAGUUACUUGCGGCCGCCCUAGAUGCGUGUGCGAGGAGGGAUUCGCCCGGACUUCUUUUGGAGAGUGCGUUGAGAAGGAGAACUGCUUUUAUCCUGCGAUAGAGGAUCGACCGAGUGUGCCUGUAGAAAGCAAUCCCUUCUAUCAGGGAUCAUCAGUGAUGUGUGGACGGAACGAGGUGUCGGAAAGCUGCUUCGGAUGCGAACCAACAUGUGAUUCUAUGGAACCAAACGAGGAAAUUUUGGCCGCGACCUUGCUGUACAAGUCACGAAGUGACUUUAUAGAUGAGCAGGGACGAUUCGGACCGGAUGAAGUACGAUUCCUCACCGACCUGAUGGGGUUUCGGACAUUGGAAGAUAGGACUUCUGGAACAGAUGAUGAGGAGGAUUGUGAAGUUAUUUGCGGCAGCUCUACAUGUGUGUGCGAGGAAGGACUCUUUCGAUCAUUUUUGGGAGAUUGUGUUACGAAAGACGAAUGUUCGUUCCUUUUAGAUCGACCGGAUGUGUCAGACAGCGAUUUGCUCCCUCAGGAAUCAUCAUGGAUGUGUGGACCAAACGAAUUGUUAAAAAAGUGCUUCGGCUGCGAACCAUCAUGUCUUCACAUGGACCCUGAAGCGGCCAUCGAAGAUCUGAUAAUGCAAGCCAAGAAGAUCAAGUACGCCGUCAUCGGACUGACCGAGACGAGACGACGUCACCCUCUCAACCUCGUAUAUGGAAUUGGAGAAGAACUGUUCUUAGAAACAUGGGACAGUAGAGGUGUUGGUGGAGUUGUCGUCCUCGUCAACACGAGUAUGGCAAAGAACAUCGACUCUUUCCAACAACUUAUGACCCGAAUCGGACGUCUGCGAAUGAGAAGAUGUGGUCCAACACCAGCUUUGACUAUCUUCUUCGCUUACGCUCCAACAUCAAGCCACGAAGAAGAAGUCGAAGCUUUCUAUAUGGACCUGGAGAAGUUCUACCAAGAAGAUCAUACCUUCUACAAGGUCAUAGUUGGCGAUUUCAACGCUAAGGGAGAGAAUCUCUCCGAGUUCAUCAUGACGACUAAGACCAUCCAUGGGAACUCGCAAUUUCAGCAGCCCUCUUCUUUACGCUGGACGUGGGAGUCACCCGGUGGAGGGUUCUGCCUGACGGACGUCGGUGUUGUACCAAAGUUCUAUACGGGAUCGGACCAUCGCCUCCUCCGAGGAAGAUUUUCUUUCACAAGGAGAGCAGAGAAAGCCGCCAAGUUCAGAGAGAGAAAUCCCAGGACUACCAUCAACUGGGAUCUCUUCGCUACGCUAGCCGGCUUUUGGGAAGAUUCCGCAAUGGGCAACAUCGACGAGGAAUAUGACCGGCUUGUCGAACACCUUCACGACUGCGCGAAGAAGGCUGAGAGUUUUAAAACCACCAGGAGGCGCCUGUCUCUUGAAACUCUUGAGCUGAUACGCCAGCGUGGAGCGGCACGAGCCGCAGGGAACCAAGAACUCACGUCCGAGCUCGCAAGGCUUUACAGAGAGGCGAUAAAGGAAGACCUUAAAGAGAGAAGAGCAGAAGUGCUGGUUGAAGCUGCAGAGGCGGGGAAAAGCAUCCGCUAUGCCCGUCGAGACUUCGCCAGUCGCAAGACGAGGAUGACUGCUCUCCGGAACCCAAAGGGAACAACCAUUGCAUCGAGACGGGGGAUGGAGAAAAUCAUCUACGACUUCUACCCUGAUCUCUUCGACAGCCAUGUCCACUUGCCUCCUCACCAUCUGAGGGAAGACGGACAUGUCAUUCCAGAGAUUCUCCCGUCCGAAAUACGACAUACACCAGAACACCUGAAGAGCCUUUCGCCAGUACUCAUCAACACCAUGGCGAGGCUCUUUACACGUUAUCUGUCGAAAUGCAAGGUUCCUAAACAGUGGAAGACCAGCAAGACCGUGUUGUUGUAUAAAAAGGGAGAUCCACAUGAUCUCGGCAACUAUCGUCCAAUCUGCCUACUGUCCGUCAUCUACAAGCUCUUUACAAGAGUGGUCCUUAAUAGGAUUGAAAAAGUCUUGGAUGAAGUACAGCCAUGCGAGCAAGCAGGGUUUCGAAACGGAAUCAGUACGAUUGACCACAUUCACACUGUUUCGAAACUCAUCGAGGUAUCACGAGAGCACAAGAUGCCGCUCUGUCUCACCUUCAUCGACUUGAAGAAGGCAUUUGACUCAGCUGAUAGGGAAGCGGUCGUGGAAGCCUUGGGCAACCAAGGCGUCCCUACUCAUUACAUAAAGGUACUUCGAGAGUUGUACAGUAACUUCACAACCGGAAUUUCGCCAUUCUACAAUAACAUCAUCAUGGACGUGAAGAGGGGGAACGGAAUGCGAAAGUUGGAAUGGGACGACAUGGGAGUGAAGGUUGAUGGUCGGCAACUACACCAUUUGCGCUUUGCUGAUGACAUCGUACUAAUAACACCUAGCAUCAGCCAAGCGGAACGAAUAAAAAGAAGAUGUUCAUGCGGAACGGAUGGAUCUCGGAUGCCCCAUUCACGCUCAACGGAACGAACAUAUCCGAAUGCACCAUGCACCGAAUGUUUAUCUGGUUCGGGAAUUGAACAUGGUGAACGACCUGACCCCGAGCUGGACAGGAGGAGACGAGCGGCUUGGGGAGCAUACAAGAGCAUCGAGGAUGUAGUGAAGAAGACCAGGAAAACCCGGUUCCGUGCUCACCUCUUCAACACCACCGUACUUCCUGCUUUGACCUAUGCUUCGGAAACCUGGGCAAGCAGGAAGAAAACGCGAUGA